UGUCUACAUAUCAUUGGAUGUAUCAUUUUGACGAAAUUGCAAUAUUUUACAGUCUGUGACAAAAACUAUUUUCUUUUGAAGACAUUUUGGUUUUUUCUGUGACUGUAAUGUUUUAUCAUGGCUGUCUUUUGUCCAUCUUAAGCAGCCACAUGAUGUUCAUUAUGUCUGGAAACCCUAAUAAAAUCAAAACAUAUCGUAAGGCCACACAAAGAUCGCCAUUAUAAGUUGUGAGUUUCCUGGCAAUUUCCAGCCCUAAACAACAAUGCAACACAAAAAAACAUUUCUGACUGUAGCAAAUCUACUGGGAUAUGAACACUGCCUAUUGAUUCAGUCAAACGGUUGAAACCCUCCACUUCUGUUUCUGUAAAAAGCUACACAGCACACCGCCUCCUUCUCACGCUCACCCAGCAGGAAGUGUUCUCGGCUCUACAGAGAAACCAAGUGUUUUGUGGGCCUUCCCCAGCCAAUUGUCACUCAGGCCCCAUGCACCACAAAAGGAGAUGUGAUCAGGUGGACGUGUGCAGAGCCUGUGUUAACAGGAAACGCUUUAAGACCACACCGAUGUGCGCAUAGACGUUCACCGAGCCUCUCCUGCCUCGUCAGACGCUCUCAUCCUUGGUCUUCUCCACGGGACAAGACAGUCGUGUGUUUCUGGUGCCUGUAAUUGAAGCCGCUCGCCGGGCCGCUGAGCUCCAGUCCUAUCUGAAGGAGCACACCCUGUCGGCGGGAAGCCCAGCCCAUCCCUCCUCCCUCCCUUCCCUGACAGGGAGCAGUGAGCCGCAGUCAGAAUGGAUGACACCACAUCCACGGUCUCCUCUGAGAAACGCGUGGCAACCGGCACCUGCGCGGCGAGGCGGCAGCACCCGGGUGACGAGGAAGCCGUGGGCUGGGACAUUGGAACAGGAAGCGCCGGCUGGAACCCACGCGGUGCCGACGGCGCUGCGACCGACCUCCCCGUUGUCACGCAGCCCGGCCUGGGGGUGACCACCACCACGGUGACUACCAUCACCCAGACGGGAGGGGACUGGAGCAGCGGCCUCUUCGACGUGUUCGGGGACCGGACCACAUGUCUGCUGGGUGCCUUUGUGCCCUGCUGCCUGGACCUAGCGCUGGCCCACCAGUAUGGAGAGUGUCUGUGCCUGCCUCUGCUCCCCGGCUCCACGCUGGCCAUGCGGGUGGGCAUCCGGGAGAGGUACAAGAUACGGGGCAGCAUCUGUGAGGACUGGACCACAGUGUACUGCUGCUACCCCCUGGCCGUCUGUCAGAUGAUCCGAGAGACGAAGAGGAGGAUGAAGAGCCAGACUUACCAGGUGUCUACUGCGCUGCAGUGCUCCUGACAGCAUGGCGUGUCCUGUCACAGGUGUUUGGGGUGGCAAUCGUAAGCACCUGUGGAGGGGGGAGGGUUCAUCAUGCUACGGGUCCCCGUUAGGUUCAAACCUGCUACGGGGGCCCAUUAAGUUCCGUCCUAGGGUUUUUUGAGGUCAUUUCUGUUGUGUGCCUGGAUAUGCAAAAUAAACAACUUGUAAGGAA